AUGUACUCUGCUGCAGUUCUCUCGGCGAUGGAGCGAGACGAGGCCGAGAUGACCACCACUGCCACCGCCGACGAGGACUUGCUGCACCUUGCACCUAUUGACUUCCGGGAAUUACUUGCAGACGUGACCUCUGCAGAAGCGGAAACCCAACAGAACCAGCAGCAGUGUUCUCUGCACUCCGAUGUGGACAAUAGCCUCUGCAACGACUGCGCGGGCGACUGGACGCAGAUCGAAGAAACGGAAGACACGGACGCUCCUCUUGCGGCUGAAGUGGUCGAGCCGGACUAUUCGCAGUUCCAAAACUGGAUUCCGGAGUUCGUGUGGCCAGACAAGCCGUGCGAUGACUGUCGAUCGAGAAGGCUGAGCUGCUAUGUCCAACGUGGUGAGCCGCAUUGCACGCCUUGUUCCACCUUGUUCCGGGAAUGUAGUCUGUCAAAGUCGCAGGCGCUGGAGGCCACCAACUACGCGUACAAUGAUCUAGGCAACUUCCUGGACACGCUUCAUGUGGUGCACGAAGAUAAUCCACGGGACUUUGGAACAUACACGGGCACCAAGCCACUGAGGGCAAUUGACUGUACGGCGGGUACGGAUGCAACCACAACGACGAAAGACGUCGCUUCCAGCAGCUCGAAGCGUAACGGCACCCGGUUUCCCCGGCAAGCUGUGAAAGUGUUGCGAGACUGGCUCGGCGCUCAUGCAGACAAUCCCUAUCCGAGCUCAGAAGAGAAAGCAGAACUUGAGCGGCGUACCGAGCUGAGCCCCAGCCAAAUCGCGAAUUGGUUAGCAAAUGCUCGAAGGCGAAGGAAGGUUACCGGGAAGUCCAAGCCGAAGCUGUGCAUGUCACCAUCCUUAACACCUACUACUCGUGCUAUUGCCAUCCCUGGUGCAACUGAGAAGCCCUGGGACGAGCUCAACCCCUUCGAAAGAUGGCAACAUUCGCCACCAGAAAACGAGCCAGCCGGUCUAGAGGACAUCGCGAACGCCCUCGCGCGGAAUGAACUGCCAGCGGAUGAUGUUUCUACGUCACCUUCCACGCUAUCGCGUUGCAAGAAACGAAAAGGCUCAAGCAAUGGAUCCGGAUGGUCGAAGUCCAGGGCACUCUCCACCACAUCGCAAGAUACUGGUCGGACCUCUUCACUCUCCGCAUCGAGUGCUCGCUUCUCCAAUGCGUCGUCGCACUCGACACACGGUUCAAUCGGCUCUUUCAGCCCUACUCUCUCUGGCAAAAAAGAACGACGACGACGACGCAGAGCAGCGAUGCAGGCUCCAAGCCAGAGGACAACGGAUGAUAGAAAGAGAAUAUUCCAAUGCACAUUUUGUACCGAUACAUUCAAGUACAAGUACGAUUGGACUCGCCACGAGAAAUCGCUGCACCUUUCAUUGGAGAAAUGGGUAUGUAUGCCACUAAGUCCGAUCUUGACAGACAUCGAGUCAGGCAGCAGUAAAUGCGUAUACUGCGAUGUACACAACCCCUCCAAUGAUCAUCUGGAUCUUCAUAACCAUCGGCAAUGCGAAGAAAAAGGUGUGGACGCACGCACUUUCUAUCGCAAGGACCACCUUAGGCAACAUCUACGUCUGAUGCACGGAUGCGAGAUGACCCCGGCGAUGGACAGCUGGAAGUCGAUUGUCGUCAAUAUCAGUAGUCGAUGUGGCUUCUGUGCACAGCGAUUCACUGUGUGGCAAGAGAGGGUAGACCACUUGACAGCUCACUUCAAAGCAGGCUCUCGAAUGUCCGAGUGGAAAGGUUGCAGAGGUCUGGACCCCGCCGUGGCAGCUCAGGUCACGAAUGCCAUGCCUCCUUAUCUCAUUGGCAUAGAAUCCGUCAGUCCGAACCCAUUCUCUGCAACUAACCGAUCUACGUGGCGCGCGUUACCGGGCAGUCGAUUAGAUGUGGACGCAGGCAACAAGGCAUUGGGUACGCUGGGAGAGGACUCGGGCAAACACAGCGAGAUCAUGAAUGCACACUGUGAUCGCUAUGGGUCAACGAAGGCUACUUGCUGGGAGAUUUUGACAAUCAGGUUGGGAAAUUACGCCAAAAAGAUGGCAGAGCAGGGCAUGCAGAUGACCGACGAGAUGCUUCAGAAGCAAGCGCGUAUGGUGUUGUACGACAAUGACGAUACCUGGAAUCAGACUGCAGCAGAUAAUCCUGAAUGGUUGGACCUGUUCAAAAAGGCGCACGGCCUGGAAUCCAUACCCAAUGCGAUCGGAGGGCAAGGGUUAAAUGACCUUGAGGGCUUGGUAAGUCUCCAUUACAUCGACCGAACCAGCACGGGACAAGCCUUCGCUGAAUGGCAAAAGGAGUGUUACGGCGAUCUUGGCUUGAGAGUGCCUUUCGCAGUGCAGCUGCAGGCCUACAACCUUGCACAGACCGGGCAGCAGAUGAUCGAUGCAGGCAGCCGUCCAGGUCCUCACAUAUUAGCCUCGGAGCAACGACAGGCGAACGAGGCCCGAAUAUAUGCUCCUAUUUCUAAGGAAGGGGUGCUGCAAAGUGGCGAAGCCGGAUGUGAGCACACACGGUGUGCCGAAAACGUAUUCGAUAUCAGCUCUGCCAGCAGAAGCCAGGCCCCAUGCCCAGAGCUGAGGUCCCGGUGCGGCAACGAUCUAUUGACAGACCUGCAAAAACGUGUGCACAUGCUCCAACGUACGGAGAUUGACGAAGCGAGUAGACACCACAAUUGCGUCUCCCCGGCUCUGGGCAGCAUUUUCGCUUUUGAUGCUCGAGAGACCGCACAAGCAGCAGCAGCAGCAACAUCAAGCCGUCCUAAUAUGAGUGAGAUGGAAACCACGAGCACUGGCGCUAAGACGGAGUCCCUAGGACCACAAGCUAUCGCGUCGCUACCGUUUGCGAGUGCUGCGUCGACAUCACGGGUGCCUCUUCCAAACUCGAUACAGGAUGAAGGACUGGAUUGGACCAUGCUAAUCAGCGGCGAUAUGCCCUGGAUGAACUCCAACACAAUGGCAAAGGCACAGCCCUUGGACACAGCAUUAAGCCAAGAGACGGCCAUGGAUGAUGUCAAGUUUGAUGACAUGAUAUUCGAUAUGCCGCUCGAUGAGGCUUUUGGCAUGAAUCAGAUCUUUGAGCGAGUGAAUGUGAAAUAUGAGAAGCCUUAG